CUAGUUUGUUCGCAAUGAAGAAUUAAACCACUGUUCGAUAUAUUGGUAAAACUUUUAAUCUCAAGCCACGUAAAGGUGAACAAUGCUGAAUGCACUACCGUGGACGGCCUUUAAAGACGACAAAAUACACUUUUGGGUCCACUAUGGUCUCUGUGGGUUUGGUUUUCUUUUGGCGGUGAUCACUUUUAUAGCUCAAGCUACAAAACCAGCACCUUAUGGAAGACACCAGAAAUCUAACCACUCAUUUGGACCAAUGGUUCAUCAAAAACUUGCUCACACUAUAUCAGAUGCCAUUCCUGGUGUACUUCUGUUUUCACUUGUAUUUUUUCUUUAUGGGACUCAUACAGAGUACACCAAUAUAACAUUUUACUGUCUAUGGCUUUGUCAUUAUGUACACCGGGGAAUUAUUCACCCAUGGAUCAUGAAAUACAGCAGUCCAAAGACCCCCUUGGGUAUACCAUUAGGAGGGCUGUUCCCUAACCUUCUGUACAGUUUUCUUAAUGCUGAUUGGAUAGGUGCUGCUUCCUACAACUCUGGCUAUUACAGAGACCUACGGUUUAUCAUCGGUGUCGUGAUGUUUGUCACAGGAUAUGUCAUAAACCGCUAUGCAGACUUAUCACUUCGUAAGCUUAGAGCAAACAGCAGCCCUGGAUAUUCCAUUCCUAAUGGGUGCUUGUUUAACAAGAUUUCUUGUCCAAACUAUUUUGGCGAAAUGCUUGAAUGGUUCGGCUGGGCCUUGGGAACAUGGUCAUUGGCAGGUACUGUGUGGUUUUUGUUUUCCAGUGCAACAUUAGUUCCACGAUCUAGGCAUAACCACAGAUGGUAUAAGGAGCAAUUUCCUGAUUACCCUGCAAAUCGAAAAGCUCUGAUUCCUUUUCUGUUUUAAAAUGGUAACUAUUUCAGGAAUGCAGGCAAUAAUCAGAGGUACAAGGAAAAGUAUGCUGUUCUUAUUGCUUUCCUGUCCACUUUUCUGAGCAUUGUGGAAUGCACAUUUCCAAUAGUCCUUUUUACAGUUGUGGGCUUGGUGGCCAAGCCUUUGAACAAGAGUGAGGCUAAGGGUGACCCUGU